UGGUCACAUCUGGCAAUACUUUCAAACGAUUUCCAAUUGAUGCUCUGCUAUUUCUACUUUGUCGUGUGCUUAGGAUUUAUUGAUAAUAUUUGUUUCCUUUAAUCUGAUUUCUCACCGUUUUUCUAAAUGUAAGUAAAUAUAAUUGAAAUGCAAUAAUUAUAUAUAUUAUAGAUGUAUACAUAUAGCAAAUAUACGUACGUAAAUGUGUAUUCAAAAUGGGUAGAGCAGAUUGCGCAGGUUACCUCUAAAAUACUAAAAUUGUACAGAGUAUUUUGAUUUAAAGAUUUUCUAAAAAAUGGAAACAAAAUAUAACGAAAUUUUAAAACUUAAGUGUUCCAAUGAAGUUUCGCCGAGUCGCCACUACACAAUCUUUUUAUAAAUCAAUUUCCAAAACUGUCACCCAUACAUGGAUUCAAGCAACUGUUGGCUACCACAUUAACUCAAAUUAUAUUCCAGCAGGAAAAAUGCUGUUACCACAUCAUUUGGAGCAAACCACACCCAGGUUUAUCAAAUAGUAUAUGUGCAAACGUUUCGGUCUUUCUUUCAGUUGUUGAUGUAGAAUAUAAUUUCAGUAUAAUUUCAAUAUUCUUCAAGGUUAAAAAUUUUAACAGCGCUAUUAUCGUUGUGAAACAACAAGUUUUACAAUUUGAAUUAGUAAAAGUGACUGUAAAACCUUAAGCAUACUUAUCAUAAUAUAAAAAGGAUAUUAAAGCUAAUACCUCACAGCCUAUACGGUUGCGAUAAUGAGCUACCUUAAAGCAUAAAACCACUAGGGUACACCUAUCAUAAGACUAAAAUUAUUGCAAAGUUAAUAGGUAAAAUCUACUUGUGCAAAUGAGGAGAAAAUUACAUGAUUAAUAGAUUCCAUAAACACCUACGAAGUAAUAUUAUAUGUCACCAAGUAUUUUCAGCAGCAAUUUCAAACUUGAGUAUAAUAAAGAAUAUUGUUAUUUUUUGUUGUAGCGGCAGAAUUCUGCCGUCUUGGCAGUCCUUGGCCAGAUAAAAAUACGCGUUCGUUCCGGUUACGUAGACACGACAAGAAAAAAAUAAGGAUAUUAAUGUAUGGUAUAUUAAUAAUGUGCAAUAAGCAUACCCACAUAAAUGAUUUGUUUACAAUAAGAGCAUCUCAUUCUGAAGGGUACAUUCUUCCGAAAAGGGUCUGCAAUAUUAUAAUGAUUCGAUUCUUAUUAAACUACAAAAUAGUUGAUUUGAGCUUCAAUUCUGUGUCUGACCUCCACACCAUAGGAAGCAAUUGAAAAAAUAAAAAUCAUAUAUAUUGAUUAUUUGUGACUUUUAUUUAUGAUUUUUAUUAUUUUUAUUGAUAUUGAUAUUAUUUUUAAUGAUAAUGUAAAUCAUAAAAAUCCGAAAUUAACUAAUCAUCAAGGAAACGCUUAGAUCGUCUAAAAAAGACUAAAAUGCCAUUAUCUGUUUUUUUUUUUUGUAUUCCGAUUUUAACUUAUUGAUAUUUCUCAUUUCAAAAUCGCAACAAUAAUCAUUAUUUACGGUGCCUGGUUGUUUUUUAAAACGACAGAAUCUACAGCAUCCGGGAAAAACCUAAUAGUCAUAUUAGGAUGAAAUAUAUCACUUGAAUUAACAUGAUUUGUACAUGUGUUCUUUAUUUUAAAAUAUUAUAGACCACAGGCAAAGAUCUCGUGCAAGCAGUAAGUAUUUAUCGUCUUAGGGACAGACCAGUUAUAUUAAUUAGGAGGAGGCAAAUAGUGUCCUUCUAUCAAAUAGUAUUAACAACAAACUACCGUCAUAUGUUAUAUCCUUAUCCUUGAAAUUAAAACAAUUAGAUACUCAUAAGCAUAAUGUCUUUUGUUCAUCUGACUCCUUUUUUUGUUUGUUACGAUAUGAGAGUAGCAAAACAAUUGUGGCGCGUCUGAGUGCCUGCUGUUCAUUUUAAGAGUAUAUGUCGACAACAUUGAGCUAAGAGCUGAGCAUCGAGAGAGCAGGCACGCGUAAAACAUAUGUAUCUGAUUCGUUAGCUUGGACGCUGCCCAAUAAUCAGUUUUGAUUUUAGUUUUCAAUUGAAUCUCGUUGACAGUAUACGCUUUGUUUGCCUUCUUUGCAGUAAGAAUAUUCAAUAACAUGAUUUUUCGCAAAUAAUUUGUACACACAUACAUAUUGUUUUUUCGUAAUAUUUAGAAACGGCAUUUAAGCAUUGCGGCGGGAUACAAUAUGGAAGACCCCAAUCGUAUGAUGGCUCAUACGGGCGGUAUGAUGGCUCCGCAAGCCUAUGGUAUGCCAGGUCAGGAUGAUGGACAAAAUACUGGUAAUGAAAACGAAGUGCGUAAACAGAAAGAUAUCGGUGAAAUUUUGCAGCAGAUCAUGAGCAUUUCGGAGCAAUCAUUAGAUGAGGCGCAGGCAAGAAAACACACUUUAAACUGUCAUCGUAUGAAGCCGGCUUUGUUUUCGGUACUGUGUGAGAUUAAGGAGAAAACCGUCCUUUCCAUUCGUAAUACGCAAGAGGAAGAACCACCAGAUCCACAGUUAAUGCGUCUGGAUAAUAUGCUUAUCGCAGAAGGUGUUGCAGGACCAGAAAAAGGUGGCGGCGGUGCAGCGGCCGCUUCGGCAGCAGCAGCAAGUCAAGGAUCUUCAUUGUCGAUCGAUGGAGCUGACAACGCAAUUGAGCAUUCAGAUUAUCGAGCAAAGCUUGCGCAGAUUCGUCAGAUAUAUCAUCAAGAGUUGGAGAAAUAUGAACAGGCGUGCAAUGAAUUCACUACACACGUUAUGAACUUACUUCGAGAACAAAGUAGGACCAGGCCAAUUACACCUAAGGAAAUUGAACGCAUGGUCCAAAUAAUUCACAAAAAAUUCAGCUCUAUUCAAAUGCAGUUGAAACAAUCGACGUGUGAAGCUGUAAUGAUACUACGAUCUCGAUUUCUGGACGCUAGACGUAAGCGACGCAAUUUUAGUAAGCAAGCUUCCGAAAUUCUCAAUGAGUAUUUCUAUAGUCACUUGAGCAACCCAUAUCCAUCUGAGGAAGCAAAAGAAGAGUUGGCGAGAAAGUGUGGAAUAACAGUUUCCCAAGUUUCCAAUUGGUUCGGUAACAAACGCAUUCGAUACAAAAAGAACAUAGGUAAGGCACAGGAAGAGGCCAAUUUAUAUGCUGCUAAGAAGGCAGCUGGUGCUUCGCCAUAUUCAAUGGCCGGCCCACCAAGUGGCACCACUACACCUAUGAUGUCACCAGCACCUCCACAGGAUUCUAUGGGGUACCCCAUGGGGUCAGGCGGUUACGAUCAACAGCAAUAUGAUAACAGUAUGGGCGGUUACGACCAUACUCUACAUCAGGACCUUAGUCCUUGAGGCGGUUUAACAUACCACACUUCACAUGUAUACGAGCAAAAGUGAACAUAAAAAUUCACUUGUGAAAUAUAUUAAGAUACAUAUUUUUAUCAAUAAAUUUAAAACUUGAAAUGCUUUGUCAAUACCUUAAAAUUAUAAUGUAAUUUCAUUCGAAGUAUUAAAUAUUUUUACAAUUCCCACAAAAUUAUAUAAAAUUACCGAUAACUUAUCUUUGAUUCUAAUAUAUUUAUUUAAGUUAUCCUAAUCAAUAUCACUUCAAGUUCAUUUACCUAGGAGAUCUUUUAUUAUAAGCUUAAAAAGCAUAACACUUAUAUGUUACACUUUAUAUGUUCAUUUUUGCUCCAUAGUGUGUAUACGCAAUUAACAAUAAUGUAUACGUAAUAUUGCAUACGAUAAUAUGUAGGCAUCUAUAUAUAUAAUUUGAAUUAAGCGUAACAAUCUUUUAUUGAAAUGAAAAUCCGUAUACGAAACUUUAGAUAUAAAUAUUAACAUACAUCAUAGUAAUAAAAAUAUAUAAAACAUGUGCAAAUCCAGAAGCAGCUAUCAAAAAUUACAAUUUUAAUUGUAUGGUAACAGCUAAAACAGCUAAUUAUAGAGUGCAAAUUCGAUGAUGUAUGUAGGUGUGCAUAUAAUAGUAAUGCUUUGCCAAGCCCAAAUUUACGAUACUUAUAUUUUUAGUUUUAGCACAACAUUUUACUGACGAUACAUCUCAAAAGAGGUAGAUAAAAAAAAAUUAUACAAGCUAAAGCAAAAAUCUCAAUAUGAGCACAUUUACUUAUCUAUUACCUAUGUACGUAACUAUUGUACUUUUGGCCAACAUUCUUCAAGUAUUUAAUAGAAAGUAUUGUAACAAGUUCUCUAAUAUAACUAUAAAAAGCAUUACCUUCAAUUUAUAAUGUGUAAUUAUUUUAAAUUAAUAAAGUAUAUAAAAAUGUGGCAAACAA